UUCAUAAAAUUUACAAAUUCUCAAAACAAAACACAACGCAAAAAUCGUGAACAUCGUGAGGCAAGCAAUUUUUUUAUAAUUUAAAAUAAAAAUGCACUGUUCUCUAGUAUUCUGGUAAUGUAAACAAACCAUAUAUCUGAUCUCUUCAAAAUUUUUUGCGCUUUUAUAGGUAAAAACUGUUAAGUAUGGACGGACCUACUCUAGAGCACAGUGAUUCUGAUUCCUGUGAAAGUUGGACGGUAUUGGAUUCAGGCCCUGCUGAAGGUACCGAAGCUCCUGCUUUCACAGACAUUCAUUAUGAGAGCUCUUCACCAGAAAUCAAUGAAAGGGAUGAAGACACAGAUGGCAUAUCUGUUAUAAGUGACAGUGAAGUAGAUAUACCCAUCCCAUAUACUAACUACAAUGAUGAGCAUGUUAAAGAGGAGAUCCGUCCUACUGAACAACUUAUUCCACAAUUCAAUUUAUCACAUCCACAUCUUUCAAAUUACAACUCUACAGAUGAAACUUUAAGGGCAAACAAUUUCUUGGGGGAUAGUAUUAAACAUAAGACAUAUGUGCAUAAAAGAAAUAAAAGGCUUAGUACUGUAUUAAACAUCAUUGUUUUGGGCAGUGUUAUAACAGCAGCUGGUGUUGCAAUAGGCCACAUGUGGGGUGCAAAACAUGAUUGUUCAAUUCGCACCACACCAUCAGUUAAUAAAAUCUUGUCUAAUUUGUAUAAACUACAAGAAGAAAAUGCUUAUCUAAGAAGUAAAUUAAAAGAAUUAUCAAGUUACUUCCAACAUCACCAAAAACAGGUAAAUAAAAAACCGACUCGAUGUAUGAAGACAUUUGAAGAAUCAUUGAACAAUAAAAAUGCAAAGAAAUUCACAAAAUGUGUUGAUGAUAAAACAAUUCCAAUGGAUGAAUUAGAUGCACAUUUGGUUGAACCAUUAUUUGAAAAGGAGUUUAUAGAGGAUGUAAAUAAACUUCAAAAUGUGUAUCAAGUAAAUCAAAGUUGGCUAGAUAAAGAAAUAGCUAAAAGAUUAAAGAAUGAGGAAGACCAUACUAAUAAAUACCUGAUGAAACAGUCUACUGUGGUUGGUCCUACAAUCCUUGGAAGUACAAAUGAAAAAGAGAAUGUAAAAAACGAGGAAAACACUGGUGAUGAAACUAAUGACAUAAAAAGAGUUACUUAUGCAGAUUCACUAAAAAGUAACAAUAAAAAAUUGGAAAAAAGAGAAAUUCCGAAAAUUAUCGAAAAUGAUACAAAAAGGCUUCUUAACAGGCAAUACAAAUCAGAAAAUGAAAAUAAUAUACUUCAAUCCAUAAGUGACGAAGAGUUGAAAAAAGAUGACAGAUAUUCAGUUUACAAACAGAGGCAGGAUAAGAAAAAAAGUAACCGACACAAGUCAUUCAAAAAACAAAAGCGCAGAAAUAAAUAUGAACAAUGGGAGUUAAAAGGUGGUUUUAUGAAAGAUUAUGAUGACAUUUCAAUGGAAGUACAAGACAAUGAUUAUUCUAUUGACCCUCAGAAAGUGUUAGUUAGAGACAUUGGAGUACAAAAUGAAGCUAAUAAGAAAACAGUAACAGAAUCCAUUAAGCAGACAAAUGUUUCCAACAAUUUCAAAGCAAAAGAAACGCCAAAUAAAAAAGAAAAAAAGGAUUUAACUUGGUACGAAAAAAGAUCAGAAUUUCGCAAUGAAUCUAGAAAAAAAUUAGAACAAGAGAUGUUUGGCCCUACAGCUCCAAAUACUGCUGGUUGGUAUUUUCGACGUAUGCAAAGACGUGAACAGUGUCGCACCAAGAAUGACAACACUACACAUCAGAAAAUAUCUAAACACAAUAUGAAUUAUAAAAUAAAACAUUAAAUAUAAGGUAGGGCUAUUAAUAUUCUGAGAAUAUGACUUCAAAUAGUUUCACACAUCUUACCAAUUAGGUUGUAAAAUAUUAUAUUAUAGUUUCGAUAAUAUUUUUAUAUAACAUUGUAUAGAUGGACUUACCAAUACAUUCCUAUGGUUGGUCUCUGAAAUCAUCAAAAGUUUGGAUAGCCAUGAGUUGGAACAACUAAGAAAUAUUAUUUUUAUUAAACUUCAGACAAUAAAAAAUAAAUUGUGCAUUUAGAUUAUUAUAUAUUAAUAGAUCAGUAGAAGCAUUUCAAAUAUCUAACUUUGAGGCUUAAGUGUUACAAGCAAUGAGUUUAAUCUAGAUUAAUAUGAGAAAUUUUUAUCCUUACCACCACAUAGUGUCGUAGUGACGAGGCGUAUUAAAUUCGUAGUUCUUUAAUGCUAGGAAGUUAAGUUUCCAGGGACAGAUUAAAUAUGCUAAAACAAGAACUUAUCUUCUAUGAUAUAAAGCAAUAUUAGCUUUAGUGUCUUAUGUCUACUUAAUAAAGAAAACAACAUAUUAUAAUAUGACAUAAAUAUCGUUUAUUUCUUGCCCUUAAGGAUUUAUCCAGUGAUAUUAUUAUAGUGAUAACAGUAUUUAAAUGAGAGAUAAAUUAUAAUUAAAAUGUUGACAAAG